UGCUCGUGCUCGGGAUGAUGAGGAGCCCUGUGGCAGGCGGCGCGCGCUCAGUACACACGCGAACCCGCUGAAGGCCGCUGGAGUCGUGCGUUGUAAAUUAUGUACAUAAGUUACUGAUAUUAUUCGGCUUUACAUGAAUGGCCGGCCGCGCAACGUGGAGCCGCUAAACCGAGAAGCGAGCGUGAAAACCGGACAACCAACGGCCAACAUCACCGUGUGAGUCCCCGGAACACGGACACCGAGCGCUCCGCUCACACAGACCGAGGCUCGACGGCUCCGCUGGGGAUUAUCAAGCCCACAACACCGCAGCAGCGCAUUAAUAAAAACAAUGUAAACAGAAAAAAGACGGAGCUGCGAAUAUUUUUUUUUUUCCUCAAGCUUUCUGUUUUUGUAAAUGUAUUUUUUCAGUGGGUGUAAAACAAUAUUUUAUAGGCAAGAAAAAGCCCAGUGUAUAGUACAUCUCGUGUUCUAAAGGAAUAAUAAGAAAUCAGCGAGUAUCUCUGCUAAUAAAAUAAAGAAAACGCUGCUGGACCGACGAGCUACCAUGUUACAUUCAGGGUUUACUUGAAGAUAUUCACACACAAAACACUUUGGAACAAGAAAAAAAAAACACUGCAGCUUUCCCGACGGGGCUUGAAAUAAAAACAACUCCUGGUUUGUUGUGUUUCUACGAGCUGGGAGACGUUUGGUUGACUUUCAAUUACUGCUGCACCUAAGUGGAUAUAAAGAAAAUGUAGGACACGGACUGAAACUCUUGUCUAACGGCCGUGGACGGUAAUAAACCCUGAAACACUGUAAAUCUACUAACUGAAAAAAGGAAAAGGAGACGAAGGAGAAAAGUGAAGAAGUUCGACGGAGGACUGCCUUCAGUCUGCUGCAGCUCUGGAAGAACAAACAGCGUGACAGACUGGAAGGGUCGAGUGGGUGACACAGAAAGAGAGAGAGACGGAGACUGUCGGAGGAGCAAAGGUUUGGAGGAGGAGGAGGAGGAGGAGGAGGUUGAGGAGGACUCAUUCCCCAUGGCGACUGACCCCGGAGAGCCCACAGGCACCGAGGAACCCUCGGAGAAACCUGAUGGAGCGAGGGAGGAGGACGGGGAGCGGGAGGGCCGGGCCGACCAGCACAACCAGACCACUCACAGCACUCCUCCAGACUUCUCCUCCUCCCAGACUCAGCAGGAGAGGAAAGCAGAGGAUGGAGGAGGAGGAGGAGGAGGAGGAGGAGGGGGCGAGGAGAAACCAGUCGGAGCGAUUUCAUCCUCCACGCCUCCUUCUUUACCGGCCGACACGGGCCAGAAACGCCUGAGGAGGGAGAAGCGUUUCUUCAGGAAGAGCGUGGAGAUCUGUGAGGAGGACGAUGUGGUGGAGGUGCCCCAGGAGGAGGCGCCCCGCAGCGCCCCCCCACACCUGGAGCUGCGCUCCUCAGACUCAGUCUUCUCCAGCGGCGGCGGCGGCGGCGCCCAGCAGCAGCAGCAGCAGGGCGCCGCUUCCUCGUCCUGCGCCGCCAUGGGCCACCUGGAGCCCUCCGGCCCCGGCUCCGGACAGGAGGAGCCGGGCAAGGACGCCGCCUCCGUUCAGAGGGGGAAGGAGAGGGACCGGGAGCAGGAGGAGGAGGCGGAGAUGAAGGCUGUGGCCACCUCACCAGGAGGAAGGUUCCUCAAGUUUGACAUUGAACUGGGCAGAGGAGCCUUUAAGACGGUUUAUAAAGGCCUGGACACGGAGACCUGGGUGGAGGUCGCCUGGUGUGAACUUCAGGACCGCAAGUUGACGAAGGCGGAGCAGCAACGCUUCAAGGAGGAGGCGGAGAUGCUGAAGGGGCUCCAGCACCCGAACAUCGUCCGCUUCUACGACUCCUGGGAGUCGGUGCUCCGAGGCAAGAAGUGCAUCGUCCUGGUCACUGAACUCAUGACGUCAGGAACACUCAAAACUUACCUGAAGCGCUUUAAGGUGAUGAAACCAAAGGUCCUGAGGAGCUGGUGUCGUCAGAUCCUGAAGGGCCUCCACUUCCUCCACACCAGGACCCCUCCCAUCGUCCACCGGGACCUCAAGUGUGACAACAUCUUCAUAACGGGCCCCACCGGCUCGGUCAAGAUAGGCGACCUGGGACUGGCCACGCUGAUGCGGACCUCCUUUGCCAAGAGUGUGAUAGGAACUCCAGAGUUCAUGGCCCCAGAGAUGUACGAGGAGCACUACGAUGAGUCGGUGGACGUCUACGCCUUUGGGAUGUGCAUGCUGGAGAUGGCCACUUCAGAAUACCCCUACUCUGAAUGCCAAAACGCUGCUCAGAUCUACCGCAAAGUCACAAGUGGUAUAAAGCCAGCCAGCUUUGAUAAAGUGAAUGACCCAGAAAUCAAAGAGAUCAUCGAAGGCUGCAUUCGCCAGAACAAGAGCCAGAGACUCUCUAUCAGAGACCUCCUGAACCAUGCAUUCUUUGGGGAGGACACGGGGGUCCGGGUGGAGCUGGCGGAGGAGGACACGGGCAUCCAGGACUGCCUGGCCCUCCGGAUCUGGGUUGAGGAGCCCAAGAAGCUGAAGGGGAAGCACAAGGACAACGAAGCCAUCGAGUUCAGCUACGACCUGGAGAACGACAGCGCUGAGGAAGUGGCUCUAGAGAUGGUGAAGUCAGGAUUCUUCCAUGAGAGUGAUGCCAAGGUGGUGGGAAAAUCCAUCCGGGACCGAGUGAAUCUGAUCAAAAAGUCACGGGAGCGUCGCCAGCAGCAGCUCCUCCAGCAGCAGCAGGACUUUGAAGAGAAAAGAGACUCCACUCUCACCUCCUACACCUUUUCUCAUCCAUCCUGCUCCUCCUCACUGGGGCCAGGGGCGGCUGGACAGACCGGAGCAGGAGGAGGAGCAGGAGGAGGAGGGCAGGAGUCUGAGGAGCUGCCUGAAGUGGACCAGCAUGUCAGGCAGCAACGCAUUUUCAGUGGCACAGCCCUUAGUAUGCCAGGUGAGAGCCUUGGGUCUGCCAGCUGUGAAUCUUAUGCAAGCGGACAGAGCCAGGCGUACUCUCAGCAAGGGGAAUCAUACACCCACUCACAGACCGUUCUCCCUCCUAUGGCAUCCAGCGCUGGCGGAUUGGCUCAUCAUCAAAUGCUCCCUAUCGGUGAAAGUGGAAGUGUCCCAAACGUGCCUAUCGGUCAGAGCAUCAGCAUGUCCAGCAUGUCUGUAGGCCAAAGUGGAGGAGGACCUGUCGGUCAGACCUUUCUGCAGCCCAGCACUAUGGUUCCACAGGCACCCAUUAAUGUCCUCACUACAUCCAUGUCAGUCAGUGAUCCUGCUGGACUAGGGGGGACCAUUGUGCCCCUCGCUCAGCAGAGCCAACCCCCUGCCACUCCCAUGCAGCUCACUGACAUCAUUCCCCAGGCAGCACCCCAGCAAACACAGCCUGUCAUGAUCCCUCAGCCGACUAUUGUCCAACAACAACAGAUAGGGAUGGAUCCCCAGACCUCCACCCUUCAGCAGCAGCAGCCGCAGCAGCAAAUGGAGGCCGCUCUGCUCGAACAACAACAAGUUAGUGCCACUCAGCCACCGACUGAACAUCAUCCUCAGAGCCUUUCAGCUAUCCAGAAACAUCAACAUGAGCCCCAGCAGCAGCAGAUCUACGUCCAGCUGCCCGCUCCACCUGUCCACGCCACCCCUCAGCAGCAGCAGGUACUGUCUACACAGCCAGGUAUGUCGUUGCCGCAGCCAGGGGAGCAACCUCAGACCUACACGCAGCAACCGACAGGGGAUCCCCGCGAACAGGCCAUGAUACAGCCACAACUGCAGCAACAGCUUCAGCAAACUCUUCUACAACAGCAACAUCAACAAGCUCUCCUGCUUGAGCAACAUCAGACAUACGUCCAGCAACAGCUUGAUCAGCAGCAACAAAAAGCACUGCUUCAACAGCAGCAACAACAGGCCCAACUACAACAACAUCAACUGGAGCAGCAGCAAGCACUUAUACACAAGCAGUUGUUGGAACAACAGCAGCAAGCUCUUAUUCAACAGCAACAGGAGCAGCAACAGCAGCAGCAACAAGGUCUCAUACAACAACCACAACAAGCUAUUUUACAACAUCAGUUGGAGCAGCAACAGCCUUCUUUACCGCAACAGCAGCAGAGUCAGUUAUAUCAACAAAUUGGACAAAGUGGAAUACAAAAAGAACAAGAGAAGCAACAACAAAGUGGACAACAGCAGCAACAAAUUGUUUUGCAGCAGCAGUCCCAGCAGACUCAACAGCAAAAUGAACAAUUGCAGCAACAAGCCUUAAUCCGACAGAUAGAACAACAACAGCAACAAGCACUGAUGCAGCAGCAUCUGCAACAGCAGGCGAUUUUACAACAUCAUCAGCUGCAACAGAAAGCUCAGCUACAGCAACAGCAGCACGAGCAGCAACAAGUGCAACUCAAACAGCAGAUAGAGCAGCAGCAGCAAGCUCUGCUGCAACAACAGUUUGAGCAACAGCGUCAGCAACAAGUCCUGCUACAACAUCAACAAGCAGAGAGGUUGCAUCAACAGGCUCUGUUACAGCAACAGAUUCAAGAGCAGCAGCAACAAGCGGCCAUCAUUCAACUUCAGCAAACUGAGAAGCAAGAGGUGGUUCAGAUUCCACAAAGCAACAGUGAGCAGCAGAUUCAGCAGCAACCAGCUGAUGUACAACAUGCAUGUAUCCCGCAACUAAAUGCCAAUCAGUUUACGCCUCACGCCACUUUCACACAGCAGCAAGUGAUGGAGCAGCAGCAGCAAGCAGCAUUGAUCCAGCAGCAGCAAGCGUUUGUUGCCCAGACGCAGCACCACACAUCUGUAAUGGAAACCAAUAUCCCAGUUGGAGCUCCAGCUGGCACUGAGGUGAUCCAGCAACAAGCUCAGAUGGUCCCACAGGCCCAGGUCCCCAUGGCCAUGCAGAUGACGCACAUCCCUGUCCAGACGCCUGCUGUCCCGGCUCAAGUCCUUACCCAGCAAGUGCAAAGUGAGCCUCAUCCCCAGAACCAGGUCCCAGUCCAGUUUGUCCAGCCUCCAGUCCAAGCAGCUCCGACUAUGAUCGAGGCCCAAGUGACUCCUCCUGCUGUGAUCCAGGGGCAGACUCACGUCAUCCAGCCCCAGCAGAUUCCCCUCCAGACCAGUUACCCGGGCCCUGCCAGUCUCUCACAGAGCCAGGUCAAUGCUCAGCCAUUAAUCCAGACUCAGUCUCUGCACCUGGCAGUUAGUCAGUCCAAGCCAGCACAUGGUCAUGGCCAAACUGUGGACAUUCAGAUGAUGGGUCAGCAAAGCCAAGCUUCUGUCCCGCCUCCAGCUGCGAUUACCUCGAUCCCCAGUCAGAUCUUACAUGAGACUCUUGUUCAGCAGAAUGCUCAGAUGCCAGGGCUGAUGCAGCCUCAGCAGCUCCAGCAGCAGACUCAAAGCCAGCCACCCAGUCAGAUGCAUGCUCAGGCUGCUGCUGGCCUUCUGGCUGCCCAGUUUGUUCCUCAGCCCGCCCACCAACCCAUGCCACCUGUACAGCAGGAUAUGACUCAUAUUACACAACAACAGCAGCAGCAGCAGCAGCAACAAGAGCAAGUCCUCCAAUAUCAGCAGAUGAUUCGGUCUCCUGGCACAGCUGCAAGUGUUGGAACUACAGCAGAUAAUUUCACUUCUGUAGCCGACCCUGCAAACUUCGUCCCUGCUCCUCAUCCUGUGCAGCAAGCCUACGUCCCAGGCCAAACCACUCUGCAUCCAGUUGUUCAGGCUCAGCAGCAGCCCCUAGGAGGCACUGCUGACCCUUCAGUGGUUCAGUCCAUCUCCCAGCCUCCUCUGCCUCAGUCCACUGUGCAGUACCAGCAGCAGCUACAGAAGCUUUCUCAAGCGCAGCAGCCACUCGCUCCACCUCCUCCACAGGCCCAGAUACUGGCCCAGCCCCUCCCAGCUCCCAUUCAACAACCACUUCCCAUAAAGCAGCCUUUGAUGCCGCUUGACGAGAGUCAGCUGCCCUCCCAGUGCCCACCAGCUUCACAUCUGGUGACCCAUUCUUCUGCACAGAUCGGCCCCAGUAAUGUGGCAGAGCCUCAGGCCCAGAGCAGGACCAUGCCCCUCUAUAGUCACCUGGUGGCAGGCGCCCCUCUGUCUCCUCAGCACCAGGCCAAGAUGGUGCCAGCCCACACGCACACACAAACAAGCAUGCAGGCCCAAACACACUCCCAAACGCAGACACUGGUUCAGGCACAGGCUCAUUCUCACACUCAGACACACACUGAGGCUCCUCCUACUGAACAGCCUGUUCUACCCCAUGCUGUCUUUCCUGCACAACAAAUGCCCCUCAGCCCCUCUCAUACCUCAUGUCCCCCAACAUCAUCUCUCCCAUUCCUGCCAUCCCACCAUCCUGCUGCUGCUGCCCCUCUACCAGAACUGCCUACAUCUCCGCCAGCGGCCCAGGUAACCUUACCAGGGCAGAGCGACUUUAUACCCACCUCCCCUCCACCUGUAACUGCUCUACAACCGCUUGACUCUAAUGCCCCCAAACUACCCCAAGCCUCGCUGCAAGACUGUGACCUUUCCCUGUUGGGCAUUGCUCAGGAUGGUCCGUACCUGUCAAGUACAGAACGUCAUUCCUCGUCAGGGUCUGUUCCACCUAAUGGAGACGAAACUCUUCAGCUCUUGGCCAAUGGGAAGUUAGAGAAAUUAAAGACGCAGAGAAGAGCUUCCUGUCAGAGGCCUGAAAAGGUUUCACAUCAGUUCCAGCUGAGCAUGCUCCAGGUGUCGGGCAGUGGGGAUAAUCUGGUGGAAUGCCAGCUGGAGACCCAUACCAACAAGAUGGUGACAUUUAAAUUUGAUAUCGAGGGGGAUGCACCAGAGGACAUAGCAGAUUACAUGGUUGAGGAGGACUUUGUGCUUGAUGUAGAGAAAGAGAAAUUUGUUGAGGAGCUUCGAGCUAUCGUCAAGAAAGCUCACGAAAUUCUUCAAACACAUUCACAGACAGGAUCAACAGACCAGUUGCACGUAAGCACUCCCACCGGCUCUUCAGUGGACUCAGUGCCCCAUUCCUCCCCAGUGGGACGCUGGCGUUUCUUUAUCAACCAGACCAUCCGCCAUAGAGACUCUUUGUCCAAUCAGGGAGCAGGCACGCCACCACCCACUACAGAGAUGAGGGUACCUCAGUCUCCUAAAACAGAGAAAGAAAGUGAAGGAUCCCAGAGUCUGGAGUCCUUGACUGGAGUGCCCUCCCCCCCUUGUGCCCCCCUUUCUGCCACCUCCCCUCCAGUCUCCACUGUCUCAGCUCCUGCCUCCUUUGCCCCCUCAGCCACCGCUGCCCCGCCUCCUCUCACAACUGCCUCUGAAAGCAUCUCAGCACCAGCUUCCACCCUCGAAGCCUCUUUUCCCGUCACUGCUUCAGGUGGUCUUGAGCUGCCGGUCCUCACCUCAGCUUCUGCUGACCAAACUCCCAGUGUCCCCUCAUCCAUUGCAAUCCCUGCUGCUGCCAGCCUCCCCACCCUGUCCGCUGCUCCUAUUGUCAUGUCUCCGCCACCCACCGCCAUUCUUCUUGAUGUCCUCACUUCUCCUGGAAGCAGUGGUUGCUCCAGUUUAGGUCAAAGUAUAGGAGAUACAGCUGCUCUAAGGUCAUGUGUGCCUGCAGUUGACCGCUCCCCAGCCUCUUUUCAUUCCCCUCCUCCUGCUGCUGCUGCUGCUGCUUCUGUAACCUCUUCUGCGAUAAGCCAACUUGGCAUAGAUCAGCAGCAGACAUUCACUCAGGUGACCAAGCCAGCCCCACAACCACCACAACAGCCACAACAGCCACAGCCACAGCUACAGCCUGUAUUACAGCAGCAGGUACCAUUAGCUCAGCAACAACUGCAGGCAAUGCAGCUUGAACAACAGGCACAACAGAUACAGCAGGCAACACCUCAGCAACAACAGCAAGCAUACCAAGAGCAAAUUCAGCUGCAGCAGGAGCGAGCGCUUCAACAGUCACUGCAGCAGCUACAACAGCAGCAGCAGCUGCUGCAGCAACAAAUACCACCUCAGCAACAGCUGACGGAGGUGCAGGUGUUGCCUCGGCCCGCUCCUACAGAGCUGCUGCAACAGUCUGUGCCUCUGCAGCAGUUUCUGCCACCAGUUCCCUUACAGCAGACCCAACAACCCCUUCUUCAGCAGCAGACUCCUCAGUAUACCCCACAGGUGCUGCAACAGCCUCCGUUACAACAGCUACCACAGCAGGUUAUGGCACCCCAAGCUGCUGUAGUGCCUCAACAGCAGGCCCACAUUGAUCAGCAACAGCAGCAGCAGCAACAGUUAAACCUACAACAGUCAAUACAGUUACAGCAGCAGCAAAUGGUGCAGCAACAGCUCCAGCAGCAGCAACAGCAGCAGCAGCAGCAGCUGUUGAUGGGUUCUGUUGCUUUAAAGCAAGAGCAAACCCAAGUGCUGCCCAUGUCAAUUAGUCAACAGUUCCUUCAACAACAGCUAAAUGUCAGCCCUGUACCACAACAGCAGGUUCCACAACAAACCCAAAUGUCUGCUGAGCUGGCACAACAACACAUACAGACACAGAAACUGCUGCAACACACUGAGCAGCAACAAGAGGUGGUAAAAGCAACGGACACACCCCAGAAACAGCAGCAGUUUCCGCUGCAGAAGCAGUCCUCUUUACAGAUGUCUGAGUCAGAGGUGUCCACGGGAGAGACAAGUUUCACAGAAGACACAUGCAGCUACUCCACCCCCUUCCACCCUUCUUCUGACUCAUCUCUUCCACCUCUCCCUCUGAACACCACUGAAGCCCCAGUACCCGCCCUCUCCCACACGCUGACACCAUCCCCUGCUCAGCCUUCCUCUGUGGCCGAGUCAGACAGCGAAGGCCCCCCCAAAAUUGAAUUUGUAGACAACCGAAUAAAGACUCUGGAUGAGAAGCUGAGGAAUCUGUUAUAUCAGGAGUACAGCAGUGGGACGGCAGCCACCGGGGGAGCCGUCUCUGGCCCUCCGUCAGCUGCCUCCACAUCAGCAGGAGGUGACGAGUCAUCUGAGCCACAGUCACUUCACCACAUGUCUUUCCCCCCUCCUGCUUCCUCCUCUGAUACUUCCCCUCACUCAUCAUCCUCCUCUACCUCCUCCACCACCUCCCGUUCCUCCUCUACCUCCCCUGACCCAGAGAGGGAUGGCGGAGGAGAGAAAGCUUCCUCAGAAGUGCCCAGCGUUGCAGAGAUGGGUCCGGUGGAGCAGCAGCCUGGCCCAUCUCUCCCCUCCACCUCCGCCUCAUCCACCCCGCCUACCUCUCUCCUGCCUCCCAAUCAGGAUGAAUCUGCUGGGCCGCAGCAUCCACCUAUACCAGGAGAACCUACCAUUCUUGCUGUACCCCCACACUCUGACACCAGUACCACUGGAGACGCAUCGUGGCCCCCCAAUCAGCACCCGAUCCCCCUCCGGCAUGGACAGCAGAAGCACAAUGCAGGAGGUGGAUAUUUUGGCCUAAACCUGACUUGUCCUAGUAUCAGAAAUCCUGUUAGCAAGAAAUCCUGGACUCGCAAAUUCAAAAACUGGGCGUGCAAACUGCGCCACUCCGCCAGCUUGUUCAAGAAGCCCAGAGUCCAGCAAGAUGGACGUUCCAGCAGUCAGUCUCUUGGAGAGGUGAAGGAGUCGGCACCCUUAAAUCCACCUCAUUCACGCAAAGGACGAUUUCAGGUGACUCCAGUGCCUCAGUCGUCUCCCCCGAAGGCGGCGCCAUCAGGCCACGGCAGCACGCACAGGAAAGUGGGACGCUUCUCUGUAACGCAGGCGGAGACGAAGAGAGAGGACAGACAGACCGACAGCUCCCCGGUGUCUCCUGAUCUGGAGAGGGAGAGGAGGAAGUCUCGGACUAAAGAGGGAGAGAAAGAUGAGAGUAAGAGGACCCCGGCCAUGGCUCACCUGCCUCGAGGUCACGGACACAGCCACUCCCCGCUGGGCAGCAGCGAUGAGGAUGACGAGUGUGAGCUGGAGGAUGAAGACCUGAGGAAAGAGCUACACAAGCUCAGAGAGAAGCACAUCAAAGAGGUGGUAUCCCUUCAGUCGAAGCAGAACAGAGAGCUGCAGGAGCUCUACAGACAGCUUCGUUCCCUCAAAGACCAAAGGCAGAGUCUGCCUGCCUCCCUGUCCCGGACCCCCCCUCUCCCCUCGGGACCUCCUGUCCUCUCUCCCCGUCGGCCCCGGCCGGCCAAGAUCAAGCACCGGCCCCGGCCCCACUCUCACAUGGACAACAACGGAGUAACACACUCUGGGAUUCAGCAGUCCAGUAGUUUCUCAGGUGGUGAACAGAGUCGACUGCCUCUAUACUGCAACCCAGAGCACUGCACUUCACUGCCUGCUAAAAGAGAUCACAGCCCUCUAAGAAAAAGCACAUUCACUGAUGAACUGCACAAACUGGUUGAUAAUUGGACAAAGGAGACGGUGGGACCCACCCCGCCCAAACCUUCGCUGAAUCAGAUCAAGCAGAUUCAGCAGGUCCAGGAGUUGGGAGGCUGGAGCCAGCCCACCGAGGUGGCUCCACCAGCUUGGUUCCCAGUGGCCCAGCUGAACCCCCAGGCCCCCCCGACUCCUGCCAGCCUGCCUGCUGCAGCCCCCUCCCAGUACCCGGGUGGAGGCAGCCUGUCCACCCUGCACUCUCCGGGAGCCCCCCCACCCCCGACACCCCCACAAACACACAUGGCUCAAGUGCCACAGAUGCAGCAAAGUUUACACCUCCACCAGUCCCUCCCCCUCCAGCAGAUGACCUAUCAGCAGUCCCCGCUCCGCCAGCAGAUCCCCCCGCCCCGGAUGCAAACCCCCGCCCAGUCCCAGUCCCAGUCCCAGUCCCAGUCCCAGUCCCUAGCACAGACACAGCUGCCCCUGUCGCCUCCUCAGAGCCAACCGCUGCUGCCUUCCCCGAUGCCCACCUCCCCGGUGUCCACCGCCACCGCCUCUCUGUGUGGCGCCACCAGUGCUCCUGCAGAUAACACCGCCGCUGCUACUGGGGGGACAUUUUGCCCCUGCUCCUCAUCUUCCUCCACCUCUUCCUCAACCUCUUGCUCUACUGCUGCUCUACCUACCAGUGCCAAAAUUCACCCGACACCCCCCACCUCUACUCUUCCUCUGGGACAGAAAUGA